AGGAAGUAUUUGGACCUAUUUAAUCCUAUAAUUAAUGGAUAUCAGUGUCCUGGUUAAUGCUUGUUCUGUAUUUAAUAUCGGUGUUUAAUCACUUGCCUUCUCACUUAGGAAGAAGAGGAAGAAAAAGAACAAAAUUCAACUCCAAAGUCCAAAUGGCAAGCGCUGAUGGUUUCCCGGCCAGCUUCUACAGUGAGCCUGGCGUGCUUGGGCUCCUUGCUAACGGCAUCAGCGCCUUCCUGGUGCUACUGCAGAACUUCCACAGUGCCCAUACUGGUAUCCUCGCGCAGGGAGUAGAGGACAUCCUGGCAGGUGUUCAUCUCAUCCUGAUUGGUGGCUUGUGUCAGCUAGUCGCCGGCUUCCUCGCAUACCGCAAAUAUGAUCACCUCGGUGGCACUGCCUUCGUCGGCUACGCCGCGUUGUGGAUGAGCUACGGUGCCACGCGUAUCUUCCAGGGUGCCGUCACGCCCAUCUACACCGGCAACUCCACCAACUCCACCAACAGCUCUGAGUUCAUAGACGUGCCGUUCAACAUGACCGGAAUGGGGUUGAUGAUGAUGGAGAACGUCACAGCGACACCGGAACUGUUCGUGCCCAAGUCGGCCAUCGCCGGACUGCUCCCCUACAUCCUCCUGUCCUUCCUCCUGGCCUUCUGCUCGGCCACCGUCAACUACAUCAUGCCCUUCGUCUUCGGGGCCAUCACGGGCACCCUGGUGUUCGAGGCGGUGGGCGCCGUGUCCGACCCCUGGGCCCUGGUGGUGUCCGGCGUCCUGGAGCUCCUCAUCCUCCUCUUCGCCAUCUACGGCUCGGCCGCGCUCCUGGUCAAGGGGCUGGCGCAGCGCUACGUGCUCAAGGGCUUCGGCAACCCGCUCUUCAACGUGCUCCUCCUGGGCACGGCCAACUCGGGCAGCGCGCAGAGCCUCGGCCAGGAGAAGAAGAAGAACACCAAGUACGCCGAGCCCAUGGCGCUGGGCUACUUCUGCGACACCGUCUCGCCGUUCAUCUUCGCCUUCUACGCCUUCCACUACUUCCCGGCGUUCGCCGUGGGCGCCGUGUGGAUCUCCAUCAACUCGGCCUCGCAGCUCCUCUCCAGCUUCUACGCCUACCUCCGCCAGGACGCCUACCACGCCACCAAGUUCGGCCUGCACUGCACCUACUGGCUGGUGAAGGCCUGGGAGGAGUUUGUGGUGUCCAUCCUGCUGACGCAAGACGACGCCGGGUCCGGACGGCUGGCCAUGGUGGGCGACUGGUUCUUCGUGGCGUCGGCCAUCGUCCUGUGCGUGGUCUGCCUGAGCAUGGACACCCUGGAGCUGGUGCACAACCUCUUCUUCCUGCUGCUGACGCUGUCCACCGUCUCCCAGAUCCCGCUGGGCGGCUACUACUACUUCUUCGGCGUGGCCUGCUCGCUCUUCACCGCCGCGUCGCUCUACGGCACGUUCGCCCGCCUCAUCAACUCCAUCGCCGAGAAGUCGCUCAUCCGCGUCGGGCCGCAGCCCGUCUCCGCCGGCCGGCUCCAGGCGGUGCUCGGCGGCCUCGGGCUCUGCCGCGACGCCCUGGCCAAGAAGACGGAGAUGUCCGAGGGCACCCGAUGCCAGCUCCCCGACGCCCUCUUCUACAUGGUCAACGGCAUCGCCUCCCUGGCGGCCAUCCACCAGCAAGACCCGUCUCCGGCCUUCCUGCACAUGACCGUGGCGUGGGUCCUCAUCCCCGGGGCCAUCAUCCAAGCCUACGUCAGUCGCCUGCAGGUCCAGAGGGGCAAGCGCUUUGGCUCGGUCAUCCCGUUCUUCUAUGCUGCGGUCUGGGCCACCUGGGCCUGGUACAGGUUUGCAGGACAUCUGCUGCACAUCUUCCCUGGAAAUGCCCAAGGAUUCUCUGCUGGAGCUAUAGCCUUUUUGGUGAUAAAUAGCUUCAUCAUGCUAAUAGCUGCAUAUGGGAAUCUGGUCCUGUUUUUCCUGACCAUCAUCAUGGAGAUCGUGUUAGUGUGUUUCCUUCUGUCCACUCUUGGGACUCUGCCCUACCAGCUGGAGAUUGCCAUGCUUGCCAUAUUUUCUAUUAUCUGUCUCUAUGGGGCUAUGGCAUCUCUUGUAAACUGUAUCUUCAAUAAAACACUCAUUCCAUUGGGACCAGCUUUGCUUAAGAACAAGAAGAAGAAGGUAGCGACUUCGACGCCUCCCUGCCCUGUCCCGAGUUCUCGUGGGACGAGCGGAAUCAUGCAGAUCGCCAAAUCGCUGGACGAGGGCGGCGUGUGUGGAAUCCCCACCGAUACGGUCUACGCACUGGCCGCCUCUUGCAAGAACCCUGCCGCCAUCGAGAGAAUCUACAACAUCAAAGACCGGCCGUCUGAGAAACCCGUGUGCAUCUGCAUCGCCAACGUGGAGCAGUUGGUGGCGGCCAAGCCGCCCUUCAGUCCUCUGCUGUGGGAGUUCAUGAGGAACGUCUACCCCGGAGGCAUCAGCUGCAUCAUCGCCAAGGGAGACUGGCUCUACAGACUCGGUGUGGGCGGGGCGUACGACCGCGUGGGCACCAGGGACAGCAUCAUGAUCCGUGUGCCGGACCACACGGUGACCAUGCACCUGUGCACCCUGACCGGGCCCAUCGCCAUCACGUCUGCCAACCCCAGCGGCGAGCCAGACAGCCUCCACCACGACAUGGUCGUCUCUCGCCUGGGACACAAGCUCCAGGGAGUCCUCUGUGAUGGGGAGUCGGCUGAACUGGCCCCCUCGACAGUGGUCAACUGCCUGAAAAUCGAUGAAGGAAUUAUUACUUUUGUGAGAGAAGGCUGCGUUCCUACUGCCAAAGUUAAACAGAUAUUUGAGAGAGUGAAGAGCAGCAUGGCGUGAUUUUUUUCUUUUAACAAAGAACAACACUAAAAGACUACAAUUGCAACUACAACAACACUAUGCUUAUGUCUUUCCUUUUCACUUCAUUUGGCGGGAUACUUUUUUCACUAUUGGGUGGGAUACCUUUUUUCACUUUAUUUGGUGGGAUACCUUUGACUUGAGUGAUCGUGUUUGCAAUAUGUUCAAUGUGUGAAAUGUAAUUCUCUCUCAAUUUUGCAUGUUUUGUCUAUGAAGUGCAUACAUACGCUGUGCGUAUGUACCAAGUGGUAUUUGUAUCACACAACACUAAUAUUGUGAAUGUUAUUAUUUAAUUUAACUGUUGCCAAAGAAAUAGAAUUGUAACAUAUUAGAAUACAUUCUAUUGUAUGAUAUGAAUUGUUAUUGAAAGCACCGCAUAUAUGCCGAAGGAAAAGGUAACCAGUGCAAUAGCCAGGCUGGUGUGCAAUAAUAAUAAUGACACUGAAUGACACUACAUUCUUAGCAUAAAGCUAAUAUCUUACUAUUGUAUUUGUGUGCUCUCGAUAUCUCUGUAUUUAUUGUCUU